UCCUGCCGAGCGCAGACAGUUUGGCCUCUGCAGCAGAUCGUAGUUUGGCAGCGUGUCAGAAACACUCUGUGUGUGUGUGUGUGUGUGUGUGUGUGUGUGUGUGUCCUUGUGAGGUUGAAGAGAGGCAGCACAGCUCGACAUGAAUCACCUCGUGAAACUUCCACUUCUGGCCAGCCGAGCCUUCAGCAGCUCUGCCAGACAGCUGAAGAACAAGGUCCCCGAAUCCCAGAAAAUCUUCCAGGCGGACAACGGGCUCCCGGUCCACAUCAAAGGAGGAACCGGCGAUGUUCUGCUCUACCGGGCAACCAUGACGCUAACCAUCGCAGGAACCUGUUACUCUCUGUACUGGCUCUUCAUCGCCUCAUUCCCUCAGAAGAAGGAGUAGACGAGGAGGAAGAGGAGGAGGAUAAGAGCCUCUGGCUCGGUCUAACACUAAUAUAUGUUGUGUGUAACUCUGCUUGAUUUAUCUCUGCAUAUCUGUCCUUCAUCAAAGAUGAAAUAAAGAAAAUAUCCAGAGUUU